AGUUUGACUUUACUACUUUUUUCUCUUAAAAGCAAAACAAUAACUUUAGGUAUUAUGCUUAGUUUAUCUGCAAAGUGUGCUCGUUCUUCGCGUAUUGCUACAAAAGUAUGGCGUUCUACAAGUCCAGCAUUAGGCUUACGCCCAACUUUGAGUUCUCACACCACAGAACUUAUUUCAUUAAAUAGAACGUAUAGUUCUCAAGUAGGAGGCCCAGUUAUUGGCAUAGAUUUGGGUACGACGAACAGUUGUGUUGGUGUGAUGGAAGGUAAAAAUCCGAAAAUCAUCGAAAACUCUGAAGGCUCCCGUACUACUCCAUCUGUGAUUGGAUUUGCCAAAGAUGGUGAAUUAUUAGUUGGUCAAGCUGCUAAGCGCCAGGCUGUGAUAAAUCCCGAGAAUACGAUAUUUGCCGCAAAACGAUUGAUCGGUCGUGUAUUUGAUGACCCAGCAGUACAAGAAGAAGCGAAAGCAGUACCUUUUAAAAUAAUAAAACAUACUAAUGGCGAUGCAUGGGUAGAAGCGCACGGAAAGAAAUACUCUCCACCUCAAAUUGGUGCUUUUGUGCUUAACAAAAUGAAAGAAACAGCUGAAGGAUAUUUAGGUAAAAAAGUACAUAAAGCCGUUAUUACAGUGCCGGCCUAUUUUAAUGAUGCACAACGUCAAGCAACAAAAGAUGCAGGGAAAAUUAGUGGAUUAGAAGUUUUACGUGUAAUUAAUGAACCAACGGCUGCAGCAUUAGCUUAUGGAUUAGAUAAAUCUGGGAACAGAGUAAUAGCUGUUUAUGAUUUAGGAGGUGGCACUUUUGAUGUUUCUAUAUUAGAAAUACAAAAUGGUGUAUUUGAAGUUAAGAGUACAAAUGGCGACACUGCACUUGGUGGUGAAGAUUUUGAUUCAAAGAUAGUGAAAUUCAUUGUUCAAGAUUUUAAAAAAGAACAAGGAAUUGAUUUGACAAGUGAUAAGAUGGCUAUACAACGUAUUCGUGAGGCUGCCGAAAAAGCUAAAAUAGAACUUUCUUCCACUGUACAAACUGAUCUUAAUCUACCUUUUAUAACAGCUGAUAGUACGGGUCCAAAACAUAUCAAUAUAAAGUUAACUAGAUCUAAAUUUGAAUCUUUGACAAAAGAUUUGGUGGAUCGUACAGUUGAACCUUGUGAGAAGGCUCUUAAAGAUGCUGGUAUAAACAAAAAUGAUAUUAAAGAAGUUAUCUUGGUCGGAGGAAUGUCUCGUAUGCCUAAAGUUAUCGACUCUGUUAAAAGUAUAUUUGGUAGAGAACCAACUAAAAGCGUUAAUCCAGAUGAAGCAGUUGCUAUUGGUGCUGCUGUUCAAGGUGCUGUUUUAGCCGGAAGUGUGACUGAUAUUUUAUUAUUGGAUGUUACACCUCUUUCACUUGGUAUCGAGACACUUGGAGGUGUUUUCACGAAGUUGAUUGAGAGGAAUUCAACCAUUCCAACAAAGAAAUCACAAGUUUAUUCCACUGCUGCUGAUGGUCAAACUAAAGUGGAUGUGAAAGUAUACCAAGGUGAAAGACAACUCGUUAAGGACAAUAAAUUAUUGGGUAAUUUUGUACUAGAUGGUAUUCCACCAGCACCCAAAGGAGCCCCGCAAAUUGAAGUAACAUUCGAUAUUGAUGCUGAUGGUAUUGUUAAUGUAUCAGCAAAGGAUAAAGGAACAAAUCGGGAUCAGUCUAUAACUAUUACUGCAUCAUCGGGUCUUUCUUCUAAAGAAAUAGAAAAGAUGAUUGAAGAUGCAGAAAAAUAUGCAGAAUCUGAUUCAAAACGAAAGAAUUUAAUCGAAGCAAUAAAUUCAGCCGAAUCGGCAAUAAAUGAAACUGAAAAGAACAUGAUGGAACAUAAAGAUCAAAUUGAUCAAGAGGAAAGUAAAAAUAUUAAGGAACAAAUUGGUAAUUUACAAGAGUUUAUUAAGAAAGGCGAGGAAGCUGAUCCUGAAGAAAUCAAAAAGGAAACUCAUAAGUUAAUACAGAAUAGUCUAAAAUUGUUUGAAGUUGUCUAUAAAAAAGCUCAGGAGAAGAACGAAAGCCCUUCACAAAGUAAUAAUGCUUCGCCAGAAGAUGCAUCAUCACCUGGAACAUCUGCAUAAAUAUGAGGAGUUAUAGUUUCAAAUCAUAGAUGUAUAUUAAAAUAUAUACAUUAUUUUUUUAAUCAAUCUUGAUAAUUUUUUUUUUAUGAUAAUCAUUCGACGAUCACUUGUCGAUCAUUUCGUCACAUCAUGUUAGUUUUGUAAUAAUACGUUACGCUUACUUUAAGUUAAAUAAAAAUAUAGCAAAAGUAUAUUUUGAUGACUAAUGGUAUGUGAAUUCUGGUGAUUUUCUGUUAUUUCGUAAAUUUAAGUUUU